AACAGAUAAACUUUAAUAAACAACUGUCACCGCUGUAUAAAUAUACUGCACAACGUAUGAUCUGUGCUGCGAAGUAAAAAAAAAAAAAAAUGCUCCAUGAGGGCUUCUUCAGUGCCUUUCCUUUAUUUAGCUCUAAUCAAGUGGGAUCUUCGAUUUAGUUUGCUCUCCAGAGUUAUAUGGGAAAUCUUCUUUUAGCGAUUAUUAAGGCUGCAACAACGAAGGGCAUUUCCUGUGGAGCUGAACGGCGAGCAGCAUGAAGAAGCCACUUUGGAAAGACGAAACCUUCCUAUUGCUGUUUCUCGUCCUAGUUCAGGCUUUUGGUUUGGAUGAUGACAACCGGCCAGCCACAGAGGUCUGCUCGACUCACACCAUUUUACCAGGACCCAAAGGAGAUCAAGGUGAAAAGGGAGACCAAGGAGAAAUGGGCAAACAUGGGAAAGUCGGCCCUACAGGAUCCAAAGGAGAGAAAGGAGCAGUUGGCGAUAUUGGUGACCAGGGAAUGAUGGGUAAAAUUGGACCGAUUGGCAAGAAGGGUGAUAAAGGAGUGAAGGGUUUAUCUGGCAUAUCUGGAGGAAAGGGCAAAGCAGGUGCUGUCUGUGACUGUGGAAAAUAUCGCAAAGUGGUCGGACAACUGGAUAUUAACAUCGCUCGGCUCAAGAGUUCCAUUCAAUUUGUAAAAAAUGUGUUAGCAGGAAUCAGGGAAACAGAAGAGAAAUACUACUACAUUGUGCAAGAAGAAAAGAGCUACAAGGAUGCCGUCAUUGACUGCAGGAUUAGAGAUGGGAUUCUUGCAAUGCCCAAAGAUGAGGCUGCCAAUGCGGUGAUCUCCGACUACGUCUCCAAGAGCGGCCUCUUCCGGGUCUUUAUUGGCUUGAGCGACACAGAGAAGGAAGGCCAGUUCAUGUACGCCGACCGUUCCCCACUACAGGACUACAGCAACUGGAAGGAAGGGGAGCCGCAGGAUCCCUCAGGGCAUGAAGACUGCGUGGAAAUGCUCAGCACCGGGAAAUGGAACGACACAGAAUGCCACCUUACUAUGUUCUUUGUCUGCGAGUUCCCAAAGAAGAGAAAGUAAGGGGGCAGAGAGGGCAUCCCCCUGGUCCAUCGCAAGAUCACUCUCAGUAAGCCAGCUAAAGAGUUAAGAGUCUAGGAGAAGAACUUGGUUCCAGUGCAAGGACGUCACUAUCGCACUAUAAACAUCCUAAAUGAUGGCGUUUAAAAUGGAGACUUCCUGCUAGGCCUCUGCACUGGAUCUGUGACGAUAACUGAACAGCCAUCAACAGCCAGGUGCUUUCCAGAGACAUGAGAGGACAACUCACAUCAGUCCCAGCCAGCAUCCUGGCUGGGGAUGAUGGGGGUUGUAAUUCAACACAUUUGGAGGCUGCUGGCUUGGGGAAGGCAAAAAGUGCCCAUCUUCACUAUUAUCUCUCCUACCUCUUUCCUUACACUGGCUUACCGCACUCUGCACCCGCAAUACACACAGGCCUGGUUAUAAACGACCGCUGGCAAAUGACGGAGAGAUUGCCUGCUCCCCUAUAGACCUGCCCAGAUACUGCGGUCACCUCCAGAGAACUUCCUGAUUGUAAGACAUCUUGCAGAUGCUCAUCUGACAAUGACCAGGAAGGGAGAUUUCUCGGCUGCAGAGCCCAGGCUCUGGAGUAGCUCUCCUUCAGAUUUAAGACAUAUGCCAACACAGAUACAAUUUGGGUGCAUGCCGAAAACCAUAUGGUUUACCUUGGCAUUUGGAGGCUUGCAAGCACAGCUGUUAUGAUUUGAAAGUUGCAAUCCUAUGCUAGGGUGACCCUAUGAAAAGGAGGACAGGGCUCCUGUAUCUUUAAUAGUUGCAUAGAAAGGGGAACUUCAGCAAGUGUCAUUUGUAUAUAUGGAGAACCUGGUGAAAUUCCCUCUUCAUCACAACAGUUAAAGCUGCAGGUGCCCUGCCCUCUUUUAAAUCCGGUCACUGUAGUAUAGCUCCUGCACGUUUAACUGUUGUGAUGAAGAGGGAAUUUCACCAGGUUCUCCAUAAAUACAAACGACAGCUGCUGAAAUUCCCUUUUCUAUGCAACUGUUAAAGAUACAGGAGCUCUGUCCUCCUUUUCAUAUGGUCACCCUAUGACCUAUGCAUGUUUGGAUGGGGGAGGGGGGAGUCCUACAACUCUCAGCAUGGCUGGCAUGGGGCAUGCAGGGAGUCGCAGGACCUUUUUCUGUCUAAACAUGCAUAGGAUUGCAGCCUUAGUUGUUCUUAAACAUUAUAGAUGUUGGAGAGCCUUGGAUUUUAUUAUAUUUGUAUAUUGUAUUAGGAGAUUUAACACUUUUUAUUCUUAUUUCUUGUACACCACCUGGAAAUGGGAACAUGACAGGCAGUACAUAAAUACUGAAAAUAAAUAAAUAUAUACAUUAAAAAAAACAUCUGUGAUGAGAGCAUGCAAGCUGAAGCCACAAGAGAAUA